AUCGCAGGAGGAUCCGGGGCUACGGAUGCUUUCACCCAGAGCAGGACAGUCCGACAAUCGUGUUGGAUUUUUAACCGAGGGAUGUAAACCCAUCGGCUUUGUUCCUCGGACAUGGGAAUUCCAUAAUUUGGGGAUGUAAGCUUCGCUCAGACUUGCCAGGGACCUGCAGUCUGUCUGGAAUUCUGCGAAGAAAAAAAAUCCUGAAACUGUGAGUCGUUAGAAAACGGUGUAGUUCGCCAGCUGUUCCAUUUAUUGAACUUAAUGGCUUCAGACACUUGUUUGCAUCGAUGGGAUUUAUUUGCCUUUUGGAUUUACAUCCUCGUGGGAAGACAAUAAAAGGCAUUCAGUUAAAACAUAAGAAAACUAAAAGGGUUCUUUAAACCCCAACACACGCUGGAAAACGCACCCCUGCACACGCUAUCCCAUCUCACCACAUAUGAAGAAGUGUUUGCUUAUGACGGGGACACAUACUGUAAAAGCUGUUUUCUUCCAGCACCUUUGCAUGGUGCUGUGAGUUUCUGGCCGGAGACAGCUUGAUGCUGCGCAGCCAGGGCAUGCUGAAGAGCCGCUGUUGCGUCUUGCUCGGUGACCUGAGGGUGCUCCUUCUCGGGCCACCGGCACCGCCGACACCGCUGCCUCCGCUGACCCCCAUGAGCGGCCAAACUACGGAAAGCCAUGAGACAGGCGUCACCGUCCCCGACAACAACAACACGUUAACGCGGAGCCACCAGCAAGCAGAGGACCGGACUGCCUUACCUGCGGCAGGAGCCACCGGGCCACCGGGCGGAGAGCGACCGGUGGCGGGCUGGGUUGAUGCUGCAGAGCUGUCGGCGGCCCUGCGCGGCUGCAGCAGCUCCUCUGAUGAUUGCUCAAAGGGCAAACUGGAGGAGAGGUUCUCCCUCACCAGCUACACGGAAAGUGGCUUCAGGACGCCCGUGUGCAGGAUCUGCUUCCAGGGACCAGAACAUGGGGAGCUGCUGAGCCCAUGUCGGUGCAGCGGGUCAGUACGCUGCACUCACCAGCCCUGCCUCAUCAAAUGGAUCAGUGAGAGAGGGUCCUGGGCCUGUGAGCUAUGCUACUACAAAUAUCAGGUCAUUGCCAUCAGCACCAAGAACCCACUGCAGUGGCAGGCCAUCUCCCUGACAGUGAUAGAGAAAGUGCAGAUAGCAGCAGCCAUCUUGGGCUCCCUGUUCCUGAUGGCCAGUAUUUCCUGGCUGGUGUGGUCAUCUUUCAGCCCAUCGGCCCGCUGGCAGCGACAAGAUCUGCUUUUCCAGAUCUGCUACGGCAUGUACGGCUUCAUGGAUGUCGUCUGCAUCGCACUAAUUGUCCACGAGGGACCUUCUGUGUUCCGUAUCUUCCACCGCUGGCAGGCCGUGAACCAGCAGUGGAAGGUCCUGAACUAUGAUAAGUCUAUGGACAGCGAUGACCUGAAGGAUGCCACUGUGGACAGGACUCUGUCUCAGCCCAGCCAGGGCUAUCAGACUGGGGUAGGAGUGUCCACUUCCACCUCCUCACUGAUGGUGGUAGCCUCCACAGCCGCCGGCUCCACUUCUACAACUGUGGUGACGGCCGCAGGAGGACUGGGAACACAUGUGGACCCCAACAGCGGCAGCGCAGUGCCAGACCAACACUGUCCCUACAACAUCCUCCACCUCCUCAGCCACCUGAGGCAGCCGGAGGCUCGCAGCCAACCCAGCAACAGCACACGAGAGCUGGUCAUGCGAGUCACUACAGUCUGAGGAGUAAGUUGAGGCCUUAUCUCACAUGGAGGUGAAAGAUUUAUGAACCAGCUGACAGUUGAAAAAAAAGUCUUAUCUUAACUGCACUGGAUUAAGACCAUGUUCUUGUUUGUUUCAAAAUGCAUCUCUGAUGUCCUUACAUGGAUUGAAUAAAAGUCAAAGUUGUUUGAUUUUCAGAUUUGGUUGGAAAAUAGUUAU